CGUUCACUACAAUCUUUCAAGAUCUUUAGAAUUUUUCAAUCCGGGAAUUCAAGAAUGGUUGAUUCCAAACUCCAAGGAUAUAUCCAACUUCUCUUCAUUUGGCUUCUGUCCACCUUCCUGGUUCUAACAAUACUGAAGACAAAACAGAGGAAGGCUCGUCGUCCACCCAGCCCACUAGCCCUCCCUAUCAUCGGACACCUUCACCUUCUUUCCCCUCUUCCUCAUCGAGAUUUUUACAACCUUUCCCUUCGCUAUGGUCCUAUCAUCCACCUUUUCCUCGGCUCUGUUCCUUGCGUGGUCGCCUCCUCUGCUGAAGCUGCCAAAGAAUUCCUUAAAACUCACGAACUUUCUUUCUCCAAUCGACCAGCUCGAACUGUUGCUGUCCGGCACUUGACCUACGAGUUCCAAGAUUUCAUGUUUGCCCCUUAUGGACCCUAUUGGAAGUUCAUGAAGAAGCUGUGCAUGUCUGAACUUCUAGGCGGGAAGAUGCUCGACCAGCUCCUUUUGGUGAGGGAGCAAGAGACGAAGAGAUUUCUGAGAACUUUGCUUCAGAAAGGGAAGGUCGGCGGCGAGGCGGUGGAUGUUGGAGCAGAGCUCAUGGUGCUUUCGAAUAACAUUGUAUCCAGAAUGACUGUGAGUAAAACGAGCUCUCAAAAUGAAGAUGAAGCCGACGUGGUGAGGAAGUUGGUGAUCGAUGCCGCUGAGCUCUCCGGGAAGUUUAACAUAUCGGACUUCAUCGCGUUCUGCAAGAUAUUUGAUUUGCAGGGAUUCAACAAGAGGUUGAAGGAAGUCCGAGAGAGGUUUGAUACCAUGAUGGAAAGAGUAAUAGAAGAGCACCAAGAAGAAAGGAGGAGGAGAAAAGACACGGGCAUUAGAGGAGAUCAGACCAUGGAUAUACUGGACGUUUUGUUAGACAUACACGAAGAUGAGAACUCGGAGACGAAAUUGACAAAAGAGAACAUCAAGGCCUUUAUCAUGGACAUAUUUGUGGCAGGGACAGACACAUCCUCCAUAACCAUUGAAUGGGCUCUGGCAGAGUUAAUCAACCAUCCGCGCGUAAUGAAGGAAGCAAGACAAGAGAUUGAUUCAGUAAUCGGAAAGACCAGAAUAGUAGGGGAGUCCGACAUAGUGAAACUCCCUUACCUUCAAGCCAUAGUCAAAGAAACGAUGAGGAUUCACCCUGCGGGCCCAUUGAUCUUCAGGGAAUCGUCAAGAAGCUCUGUAGUGUGUGGAUACGAGAUUGCAGAGAAGACCCGGUUAUUUAUAAACGUGUGGGCUAUUGGCAGGGAUCCCAGUCAGUGGGAGAACCCUCAUGAGUUUAGGCCAGAGAGAUUUAUGAGCGAAGACGGAAAAGGUCAAUUAGAUGUUAGGGCUCAGCAUUUUGAAUUGAUUCCUUUCGGGAGCGGAAGAAGAGGAUGUCCUGGAACGUCACUGGCUCUUCAGGUUGUGCACACCAAUCUUGCAGCUAUGAUUCAGUGCUUCGAAUGGAAGGUAAGUGGCGCGAUUAGCAUGGAGGAAAAAGCCGGGAUUACCCUUCCAAGGGCUCACCCCCUUAUUUGUGUCCCCGUGCCCAGGCUUGAUCCAUUUCCUUCUGUAUCUUGGUGAGAUCAACGUACGGUUCUCUCAAAUGGCAGUGAUGGAAACCUGUGUUUGAGUUUUAAAAUUUGAUUUUUCUUGUAUAAUAUUUAGUUUUUUUCAUUUUAAAUAAGAUAUUUAUAGGGUUUAACAGGGAUUAAGAUCAGAUCUGUGCAAAUGAAGUUAAGAUUGUUUUCUGGGUUCGGCUUUCUUGAAUGAUUUAAAUGAAGAUGACUUUUUUUAGUCCCUCCCUUCAGUUAAAUUAGGAUGUCUCUUUUUGUGUGCAUAUGGGUGUUGGGGAUGGGA